AUGAUAAGCACUACUCUUAGAGGACGCUAUGAAGGCGGCGGCGUAAGAGAGGCCAUUACCACCAUCACCCUUGACGCCGGCGCAGUCAAGCUAAAUGCUAACGUGACUGAAGCCACCUUAAUCAAUGGGUCAUCUUUGGAAGGUCUUUCUUUCUCCCUUGAAAAAACUGGUUCUUUCCUUAUCGACUAUCAUGUCCCCAAACAGGAUGUGCGUUUUCAAUUUAUGAAUAGAGUGAGAGUUAUGGAAAAGCCUUUGAACUUUACCUAUACUCAUUGGAGGGGAGACAACAGAACUGCAGUGGAUGGGACACUGGCGAUUGACUCGGCCAACAAGUUAUCAGCCACUUAUGGGUUUGAUUCUGGUAUCUCCAAGUUAGGGUAUAGUUAUGUACAUAGUGGCUUGACUGCUUUCGAGCCAAACUAUGAUUUUGCCAAAAAUUCGUGGGAAGUUGCUGUGUCAAAGCGGGUGUUCAAGGAAAAUGUGGUCAAGGCGUCGUAUCAAAGUUCAAGCAAGGUUUUGGGGCUGGAAUGGAGUUCAAGUGGAGGAUUUAAGGUCUCUGCGUCUGUGAAUUUGGCAGAAGAACCAAAGUUUCCGACAUUAAGUUUUGAUAGUAGGUUGCAUGUUGAACUGUAGCUUGAUGAUAUGCCGCUGCGAGAUUUAUUCUUCAGGUGCCACAUAUGGCCAGCUUUGUCACACACAUUCACAUUUGAAUACGUUUCUUCACCAAUGAUACAGUACCUCUCUUUUGAGCAUAUUGUUACAUGUUUUACGAACUUAGGUCAGAAAAGAAUAUACUGGUUAUGCAGUGCAAUUACAUCUAACUCCCCUUCUUAUU